AUGCAUGCUCUCUUAAACUUCAAGCAAGGAGUUACAGAUCCCUCGGGUUUCCUUUCUUCAUGGUCCGCUGAAGUAGAUUGUUGUGAUUGGAAAGGAGUCAUUUGUAGCAACAUCACAAGUAGAGUCACUGGAAUCAGUCUCCCAUGUUCUACAACUCUUCCAAUUUACAGUGACGGAGAAGAUAAAUCACAUUGCCUUACAGGUUCCAUUCACCUCUCCUUGUUGUUAGUGGAGUUGGAAUUUUUAGAUUACCUGGAUUUCACAAACAAUGACUUUUCAGCAUUACAAUUUGAUUAUCUGCAUAAUCAUAAUUGUCAUAAUCUAUCUAUACCUACUUCUUCUCGUCAUUGUGUCAACUCUUCAAUUCUUAGUUAUCUUGAUUUAUCACUUAACUGGAAUCUUGUCAUCAGUAGCCUUCAAUGGCUUCCCUACAUUUCCACCUUGGAAUAUCUUAACCUUUGUACUGUUGAUCUUAGCGAGGAAACUAAUUGGCUUCCAUUGGUGACUAAGCUUUCGUCACUUUCAGUCCUUAAUAUGUGUGAUUCUAAGCUUAAAGACUUGAGUUUGUCUCUCCAGUAUGCUAAUUUUACUGCUCUCCAAGUUCUUGAUCUUUCUGGCAAUGAAUUCAAGUCAGAGUUACCUAAGUGGCUAUUCAAUCUUAGUUCCACUGUCUAUGUUUUAGACCUUAGCUACAAUUCCUUAAUAGGACAUCUACCUAAGGACCUGUUAAAUCUUCGAGAACUGGAAGAACUGGCUAUGGAAGACAAUAACCUUGAUGGACCCAUUCCAGAUUGGUUAGGUGAAUUCGAACAAUUAAAAACUCUUAUUCUUGGAGUAAACAUGUUUUCAGGAUCUAUUCCCACAAAUUUGGGAAAUCUAUCGACCUUGAUUACCUUGGAUGUUGCCUCAAAUCCAUUGACAGGAGUUGUGUCUGAGAGAAAUUUAGCCAAAUUGUCAAAAUUAAAGUUAUUGUAUAUAUACUCGGAGAACUACAAAUCAUUUGAUUCCGCUCUAAUCUUUGAUUUUGACUCUCAUUGGAUUCCACCAUUUCAACUUGAAGAACUAGUUCUUGGGUUUUCAAAUCCCAACCUUCCUUCUUGGUUGUAUACACAACGAUCUAUUAAAAGUUUAACUAUUUUACAAUCAUCAUUUGAGGCUCCACACAAAUUUUGGGAUUUUUUAUCAACAGUGGUUGAAGUCCGAUUAGAAGACAAUUUGAUAGACGGAGACAUGUCAAGUGUAUUGUUGAACUCUACAUUCAUUGAUCUAUCAUCGAAUGGCUUGAAAGGUUGCUUGCCUAACUUAUCACCAAACGUGGUUAUUGUCUCAUUAUCAAAUAAUUCAUUAUCAGGAGAAUUGUCUCCUCUCUUAUGUGGUCAUAAUGUGUCGAAAGGGAAAAACAAAUUGUUGUUCUUGGACAUAUCAUUGAAUAAUAUAUCUCGAGGGCUUACGAAUUGUUGGAAGAAUUGGAAAUCUUUGGUUGCUAUACACUUGGGAAGCAAUAAUCUAUCAGGAAAGAUACCUAAAUCACUAGGCUUCUUAUCUAAUCUCACCUCACUCCAUUUGCAUGAAAACAAACUACAUGGUGAGAUUCCUCUCUCAUUGCAAAAUUGUCGCUCUCUAUUGGUCUUUAAUGUUCGCAAUAAUCACUUAUCAGGAAACAUUCCAGAUUGGAUAUCUCACACUGUAAUGGCUCUGCAAUUAAGGUCCAAUUAUUUUGGUGGUAAAAUCUCUCCAAAAAUAUGUCAAAUGUCUUCUCUCAUUAUAUUGGAUAUUGCACAAAACGCAAUUUCCGGUUAUAUACCCAAUUGUCUCGGUAAUAUCAAAACCCUUCUUUUCAACAAUGCCUCAUGGAAUAAAUUUUCCGUUUUAUUUCCUUCAGUUCGUCAUCGUAGUUUCUUUAACAGCGACAAUCUUGAAUUGGUUACUAAAGGUCAAGUAUUAGAAUAUGAUAGCAACCUACAUUUUAUGACCUUAAUUGAUAUGUCAAGUAAUAAUUUGUCCGGAACAAUACCUCCACAAUUGUUUAGUCUCAUUGGAUUGUCUUCCUUGAACUUAUCCAACAAUAAAUUAGCAGGAAAAAUACCAAAUGAGAUAGGAAACAUGAAAAAUUUGGAGUCUCUCGAUUUUUCAACAAAUCAACUUAGUGGUGAAAGUCCUCAGAGUUUGUCCAGUUUGUCCUUUUUAGGUUACUUGAACCUAUCAUUCAACAAUUUGACAGGAAAAAUACCAUUAGGCACACAGCUUCAAGGGUUCAGUGCAUUUAGUUACAUGGGUAAUCGUGAUCUCUGUGGGCCCCCAGUUACCAAAAUGUGCUUUCAGAAUGAUACACACAAGGAAACAGAACUUGUAGAUGAAGAUGGAACUCAAUCUGAAUUUUUGUCAUGGUUUUACAUUGGAAUAGAAUCUGGAUUUGUGACAGGCUUUUUGGGAAUUUCUUGUGCUAUUUUCUUAAACAAAAAGCUAAGGUAUGCUUACUUCAAGUUUCUUUAUGACUUGAGAGAUCGACUUUAUGUUAUGGUGAUCGUCAAUAUGAAUCCAUUUCGUUAA